ACUCAAAGCGAACAGAUCUUGUCGCAGCACUCCGAUCUAUCUUUCAGAUAUACAUUAGUUACUCCUAGAGAAUCUACACAAUGGCCGAGCUACUUUUUCCACAAUUGGAGCGUCCUUUGCCGUCACUGCCAUCGCUGCACUAUACUCUAUUCGCCUACAGGGAGGAAUUGCGACGACGCGAUGCUCCAUUCAUGAAGAUGUCCACCAUUAAGCUCCAUCUCACGGACAAUCUGAUUCUGCAGACGAUCAAGAACAUACGGCAGUACGACACCAUGGAGAUUAUGAAUCUCAACCAGGAGAUCAACUUCAAACGGCGGUUGACCAAACAGAUGCGAAAGGUGCGCAAACUGGAGAAACUCGGCCUCAACAUCGAUCCCCGAAAACUGGAGAGUGACCAAUGGCACUAAAUAUUGAUUUAAUGGAUCUUUGGACACUCUACUAAAACUCUGACGUAUAUCAUACACACACCCACUAUUCAUACAUACUCUGAGCAUGUGAAACUAAAUUGUAAGCUAAUUUUCCUUCAGUUUUUAAAACUCAAUAAGCCGAACAAACUCUUUUAAGUCUAUAAAUUUUUUGAAGAAAUAAAAACGAAAAUCAAACA